GAUAGGCUGAGGGGGCCAGGGGGCAGUAGCUGGAGGUACAUCCCACAGAGGAGACACUACAAAUUGGGGUGCCAGGGGCACCAGGAAGCUUCUGGGAGUUCCUGCUGCAGGAGCUGGUGAUUCUCUGUGGGAGGGAAGCACCAUAAAUUCCCAAGAUGACGGACCAGCAGGCAGAAGCCCGCGCCUUCCUCAGCGAGGAGAUGAUUGCGGAGUUCAAAGCCGCCUUUGACAUGUUUGAUGCUGAUGGCGGUGGCGACAUCAGCACCAAGGAGCUGGGGACGGUGAUGAGAAUGCUGGGCCAGAACCCCACCAAAGAGGAGUUGGAUGCCAUCAUUGAGGAGGUGGAUGAGGACGGCAGCGGCACCAUCGACUUCGAGGAGUUCCUGGUCAUGAUGGUGCGCCAGAUGAAAGAGGAUGCCAAAGGCAAGUCUGAGGAGGAGCUGGCCAACUGCUUCCGCAUCUUUGACCGGAAUGCAGAUGGGUUCAUUGACAUUGAGGAGCUGGGUGAGAUCCUGAGAGCCACUGGAGAGCCUGUCACUGAUGAGGACAUAGAGGACAUGAUGAAGGACUCAGACAAGAACAAUGAUGGUCGCAUCGACUUUGAUGAGUUCCUGAAGAUGAUGGAGGGCGUGCAGUAAGGGACCAGACAUUCCUCAGGCCAGCUGCUGCACCCAGCCCUGCUUCCCUGCUGUCCAGGGAGCAGCAGCUCCACAGCACCUGGCCCUCAGCACUGGCUGGGACCUUGCUCUGUGCCAGGGUCCUGGUCUCAUCUCACCAUCGGCGGCUGAGCUUUUCCUCCCAUCUGUCACCUGUGGCUUUGAUUUGAGCCUCAAUUAAAGAGGAAAGGCUUGA